AGUGUGGUUCAUUCCCAAAUUUAUUUUUCCCAUACGAAAUUUUACUAAUUUUGUAAUUUUAGGUCGACCAUUUACUUUGCUGGAAGUGCCGGUGACGGAUGAACUGAAUUUCAUUUCUAACAUUCUAACCUUUUCAAACGGUAUGAAUUUGUGUUUGAUUGGAUGAUCAGUAGUCGUACGACAUACGACAUGGUAGUUAUAAUGAAUUGCGUUGGAUGCGGAAGUCGGGAUACAUCUGGUUUUUUUAAAUUCCCUACAGACCCACGUGUUAGAACAAUCUGGUUAGAGGAAUGCGGUCUCGACCCAUCCACUCCUUUAGCUCUCGAAGCUCGACUAUGUAACAAACAUUUCAAGAAAGACGACAUCGUUUUUGACGGCAAACGACCGCUUUUAAAGACGCAUGCUGUACCUAGUAUUCGAGUCGAUCCAGUCAAAACCGAUCGUCAAGGCUAUCGUUACGAAAAGACGUGUUAUGUAUGCGGUUAUACGAGUGGAGACUCGUUUCAUAAAAUCCCAAAGGACCCCGAAAUUCGGAGCCUAUGGCUCCGAAAUCUAGGGAUUAAAGAAUAUCACUUUAAUCCUAUAACGACCACUUAUAUUCAUCUCUGCAAUUCACACUUUGCAGCGAGUGAUUUACUGGGGCACCCACACUCCUUGAAACGUAGACUACGUAAAGGAGCGCUACCUCUCGUACAACCUCAGAAUGGAAAAAAUACACAGAAAGAAAGAUUGACUAAAAGGUAUAUAAAAAUAAAAAAUGGAGAUGAUGAUCUGUCAGAUCCCGAUGUAACUUUUGUAUCUUCAAGCUCGUCUAACGCAAAAUGUUCAAUAACGUUGGCUGAUGACGCGGAAGAACAUACGAAAUCGAAAACCUCGAAAGUGAAUCCUCAAAAUUCCAAACUAAUUUCUUCCCGAGAAAAAAACAUCUUGAAGAAAAAGGUAUCGAAUCAGUCGACUAUUUCUUCGAAGGAGGAAAAUGCACCCAUCGCGACCAUAGAUUUGACAUGUGAAGACGUCGGAGAAUCGGCCUUAUUAGCAAAGAAAAGAAAACACGUAAGAAAUCUAAUAUUGAAAAAAAAACUCUUAAGACAACAACUUUCACAACACAGAGAUUUGCUUAAUUCUCUGAUAAAAGAUAACUUAGUUACGGAAAAGGGCAAGAAAAUAAUAAAAAAAUUCUUGCGAAACUUCCCGGCUGAGUGAUUACGAUGUGUUUCAGCGCUGUGCUAAGUAUACAAAGUUCAACAUGGUGUUUUAAUUUUUAAGUCGCGUUAUGUCAUUUUAAUUUUGUAUUUAGGUACUAGUUCGUGGUUCCUCUUUUUUAUUUUUUUUUUACAAUUUUGACUGAGGGUUAGUCAAUUACCAAUAAGAGCUACUGUGCAGUAGACAGUAGACACGUACAUGGUACAUCUAUAACUCGAUUCACUUUCUUAACCUAUCCUGGCGCCUUGAACUUUUUUAUAUUUUUACUUUUGUAUACAAAUACACGUUUUGAUGAAA